CUUUAACAAUUAGACAAUGUAAAUUCACUAUAAAACCCUCCUCUUACCCAGUUCCUCCAGGCAACUCUAGCUUCCUACUCCAUCUUUUGUGGCAUUUGAACCCAAAGCAAUACGAAGCGUACGUCCAAAGAUGGCCGUACAAUGGUUCGCUUUGGCUCUUUGCAUGGCCUUCUUCUUCUUCUUCGCCCCUGAUUUUUGUCUUGCUCAAAAGAUGAAUCCCAUUGAUAGUUGCUGGAGACAGAACCCUAAUUGGCGAAGAAACAGGCAGCAAUUAGCCACCUGCUCCGUGGGGUUUGCAGGGAAGAUGACUAACAACAUUGGAAAAGAUGUCAUCCGCUACAAAGUGACUGAUCCUAGAGAUGACCCAUUGAACCCCAAACCAGGGUCUCUGAGAUAUGGAGCCACAAUGAUCACCGGCAAAGUGUGGAUAACUUUUCAAAAGAACAUGAAUAUUGAACUUGUAAAGCCCCUUCUCAUCAGCAGUUUCACCACCCUCGAUGGCCGAGGCGUCGACGUUCACAUUACUGGAAACGCUUGCCUUCUAGUCUACAAGGCCACCGACGUAAUCAUCCAUGGCCUGAGGAUUCACCAUUGCAUGGCCGUAGGUCCUAGCUCGGUGAGGGGACCAAAUGGAGAGAUGGUGGCUUUAGGUAAGAUGGAUGGGGAUGCAAUCAGGUUGGUCACCGCAUCAAAAGUCUGGAUCGACCACAAUACUCUAUAUGCAUGCCAAGAUGGUCUUCUGGAUGUGACUCGAGGAUCUACACACAUCACCAUCUCUAACAACUGGUUCAAGGACCAAGACAAGGUCAUGCUUCUUGGACAUGACGAUGGGUACUUGAGAGACAAGGACAUGAAGGUGACUGUUGUGUUCAAUCAUUUUGGUCCAAAUUGCAACCAGCGUAUGCCGAGGGUUCGUCAUGGAUAUGCACACGUAGCCAACAACCUCUACCAAGGAUGGGAACAAUAUGCAAUUGGAGGAAGCAUGAAUCCUAGCAUCAAGAGUGAAUCCAAUUACUUCAUCGCACCAAAAUCAGGAAACAAAGAGGUAACAUGGAGACAAGGGGUUAAUGUGAAAAGCAGGCCCUGGAACUUCUAUUCGGUGAGGGAUGUUUUUGAAAAUGGUGCUUCUUUCACCCAGAGCGGUGUCGGAGGGGCAAAGCCCAAUUACAACAACCAAGAGAGGUUCGAGGUUGCAGAUGCAAAGUCUGUCAAGUCUAUAACAAGCUCAUCAGGUGCUUUAAAGUGCUUUAGAACCAUUAUGUGCUGAGUCAAGAACCAUGUAGUACUGGAGAUUACGAAGA